AUGGGGAAGAACAAGACCAAGCAGCAGGAGCCUUACAUAGAUAUGGAAAACCAAACACCUGAGCAGAGUGGGAAAGGCCACUGUGACUAUCAGUGGCACUUCGAUUUCUCUGAGUAUCUGCUCGAGCAUGACACAGAAUCAGACAAGAAGGGUGAUCAUUUCCAACCAUCUGUAACUGUUCAGAUGUCCAAAGAUCCUGAAAGUUUUCGUGAAGAAAUUAUGGAACCAGAACCAAAGGAACCAGAGCCUAAGGAACCAGAACCUAAGGAACCAGAAAGGAAGGAAACACAAAAGACUGAAAUAGAAAGAGAGGAACCAGAAUUGGAGGAACCAGAGAGGAAGGAAACACAAAAGGAGAACAGAAGUACAAAUAGUUACUGUCCUCCACGAGGAAUACUUAAUAAAACAAUUACAGAUGGAGUUACACUCAUUGUAUUAUGGACUCUACUCUGGGCCCUUAUAGGUCAAGAAGUUCUCCCUGGUGGAAAUUUUUUUGGACUUGUAGUUAUUUUUUAUAGUGCUUUCCUUGGGGGUAAAAUUUUAGAAGUCAUUAGAAUACCUGUAGUGCCUCCCCUUCCACCUCUUCUUGGGAUGUUACUGGCUGGUUUCACCAUCAGGAAUGUUCCAAUUAUUUAUGAAUUUGUCCAUAUUCCUACCACAUGGUCUUCAGCUUUAAGAAACACUGCCCUUACUAUUAUCCUAAUACGAGCUGGGCUUGGACUGGACCCACAGGCUCUGAAGCAUCUGAAGGGCGUGUGUUUGCGGCUGUCAUUCGGUCCCUGCAUCAUAGAAGCGUGUUCAGCCGCUUUCUUCUCCCACUUCAUCAUGAACUUUCCUUGGCAAUGGGGGUUCCUAUUAGGUUUUGUCCUAGGUGCUGUCUCUCCUGCUGUUGUCGUCCCCAGCAUGCUACUGUUGCAAGAGAAUGGAUAUGGUGUUGAGAAAGGCAUCCCAACCUUACUAGUGGCUGCUAGCAGUAUGGAUGAUAUCGCGGCCAUCACUGGAUUCAACACAUUCUUGAGCAUAGUCUUUUCCUCGGGUAGUGUAAUGAGCAAUGUCCUAUCAUCCUUGAGAGAUGUUCUUAUUGGUGUGCUGGUAGGAAUUAUUAUGGGAGUUUUUGUUCAGUAUUUUCCAAGUGGAGAUCAGGAGAGAGUUACACAGAGGCGAGCCUUCCUAGUUCUGAGUAUAUGUAUUUCUGCUGUCUUAGGCUGCCAACACAUCGGCUUACAUGGAUCUGGAGGACUGGUCACACUAGUGAUGUCGUUCAUGGCAGCAAAAAAAUGGGCUGAAGAGAAGGUUGGAAUCCAAAAAAUUGUUGCAAACACAUGGAAUGUUUUUCAGCCACUUCUCUUUGGCUUAGUUGGAACAGAAGUAUCUGUUGAAGCUCUUGAAUCGAAAACUAUUGGCAUGUGCAUUGCUACCUUGGGUCUGGCAGUACUGGCUCGGAUGCUGGCCACUUUUACACUGAUGUCUUUUGCUAACUUUCGUUUUAAGGAGAAAGUGUUUAUUGCUUUAGCAUGGAUCCCUAAAGCUACAGUCCAGGCUGUCUUAGGCCCUCUGGCUCUAGAAACAGCAAGGGUCAUGGCACCCCACUUGGAAGGAUAUUCGAAGACUGUGAUGACAAUGGCCUUUCUAGCCAUCCUCAUUACGGCUCCAAAUGGAGCCCUCCUCAUUGGCAUACUGGGACCCAAAAUACUUGAACGUAGUGAGGGGACAGUCCCCUUAAAAAUGGACCUCUCAAACUUUCAACAUUAA